AGCGGCGCCGGCUCCCUCCCGCUCCCGCCUCGGCCCCGGGCUCCGAAGCGGCUCGGGGCGCCCUGUCGGUCGGCGUCGUCGCCCACCCCCCGCCCAGCCCCCGCCCCCGGGGACCCAGGCUCGCCGGCGCGCAGCGGGGAGCCGGCCGGGACGCGCCAUGGGGGGCCCCUCCGCCCUGCCCCUGCUGCUGCUCCUGGCCUGCUGCGGGGCGCCCGGCGGGGCCAACCUCUCCCAGGACGGCUACUGGCAGGAGCAGGAUUUGGAGCUGGGAACUCUGGCUCCACUCGGCGAGGCCAUCAGCUCCACAGUCUGGAGCAGCUCUGACAUGCUGGCCAGUCAAGAUAGCCAGCCCUGGACAUCGGACGAGACGGUGGUGGCUGGAGGCACUGUGGUGCUCAAGUGCCACGUGAAAGAUCACGAGGACUCGUCUCUGCAGUGGUCUAACCCUGCCCAGCAGACUCUCUACUUUGGCGAGAAGAGAGCCCUUCGUGAUAAUCGGAUCCAGCUGGUUAGAUCCACACCCCAUGAGCUCAGCAUCAGCAUCAGCAACGUAGCCCUGGCGGAUGAGGGCGAGUACACCUGCUCCAUCUUCACCAUGCCCGUGAGGACCGCCAAGUCCCUCGUCACUGUGCUCGGAAUCCCACAGAAGCCCAUAAUUACUGGCUACAAGUCCUCAUUACGGGAAAAGGAGACAACCACCCUAAACUGUCAGUCUUCUGGAAGCAAACCUGCAGCCCAGCUCACCUGGCGGAAGGGCGACCAAGAGCUCCACGGAGAACCAACCCGCGUUCAGGAAGAUCCCAAUGGUAAAACCUUCACCGUGAGCAGCUCAGUGACAUUCCAGGUUUCCCGUGAGGAUGAUGGGGCUGACAUCGUAUGCUCUGUGAACCAUGAAUCUCUAAAGGGAGCUGACAGAUCCACCUCUCAACGCAUCGAAGUUCUAUACACACCGACGGCGAAGAUUAGGCCAGACCCCCCACACCCCCGCGAGGGCCAGAAACUGCUACUCCACUGUGAGGGCCGUGGCAAUCCCGUACCCCAGCAGUACCUGUGGGAGAAGGAGGGCAGUGUGCCCCCGCUAAAGAUGACCCAGGAGAGUGCCCUGAUCUUCCCCUUCCUCAACAAGAGCGACAGUGGGACAUACGGCUGCACGGCCACCAGCAACAUGGGCAGCUACAAGGCCUACUACACGCUCAAUGUGAACGACCCCAGCCCGGUACCCUCGUCCUCCAGCACUUACCACGCCGUCAUUGGUGGGAUCGUGGCAUUCAUCGUCUUCCUGCUGCUCAUCCUGCUCAUCUUCCUCGGCCACUACUUGAUCCGGCACAAAGGAACCUACCUGACACAUGAGGCCAAAGGCUCGGACGACGCCCCGGACGCAGACACGGCCAUCAUCAAUGCAGAAGGCGGGCAGUCGGGCGGGGACGACAAGAAGGAGUAUUUCAUCUAGAGGCGCCCAGCCACCUCCUGCGCCCCCCAGGGGCCCCACGGGGACUGCUGGGGCCAUCACCAACCUGGACUUGUACAGAGCGACCCCAGGGCCGCCCCUCCCGCUUGCUCCCCAGCCCUCCCCACCCCCCUGUACAGAAUG